AAAAAAAUACGGAACUGAAUUCACCUCAGAAAAGGGACGGAACUGAAUUCACCACAGAAAAGGACGGAACACGUUUCAGAGCAAAACAAUAACGUGAUUCCACUGAAAUUCCACUUCCAUUUUCCGGAUUUAUGCCGGAUUCUGUGUACUCUCGAUAGCAUAAAAGCUGGGGGCCACGAAUGCUCAUACCUCGACUGCGAAACGCGUGCAGCGUCCGACUACGGCACUGUUUUAAAAUCAAAAUGUGUGCGGAUUUACUCCCGCCGGUCACCGUGCGCGGAAUGGUGCAGUUGGAUCGGGAGGCAUUUGCCCGAACGGUACGCGUACCGCACCUGAUCGUCCCGGAAGCUACCAACCUGAAUAGCGCAGCCCGUGCGUUGAAACAGUACCUGUUGAAAAUGGAACGCUACAAGCCGAUCCGGAGCGAGGAACGCAAAAUUACCCUCCAUCCGAUACCGGUGAAGCAGUGGGAAGAUCUGCCGGUAGAACCACUGAAAGAGCUCGGCAUCGCGAAGGACUGCCUGGUGUGGGAAGAGAUUAAUCUUUCGUACGAAAACUACAAGUACGAUCUGAUCCUGAAAGCGGUGCUACCAGCGGACCAGGAGGGACUCUCGGCGUUCAGCAAAAUCGGGCACAUCAUUCACUUGAAUCUGAAGAACCAUCUGCUGCCCUAUCGCCGGCUGAUCGGGGAAGUGCUGAUGGAUAAAAUUGCCGAUUGCCGUACCGUCGUUAACAAAUCGAACUCGAUUCAGAACACCUACCGCAACUUUGAGAUGGAGCUGAUCUGCGGUGAACCGGAGUAUGAGGUGUCCAUCAAAGAGAACGGUUGCACGUACAAGUUCAACUUUUCCAGAGUGUACUGGAACCCGCGGCUCUCGACCGAGCACCAGAAGAUAACGGAUAUGCUGCAGGAAGGGGACCUGCUCUACGAUCUUUAUGCUGGCGUUGGCCCUUUCACCGUACCGGCAGCGAAAAAGGGUUGCACAGUUAUAGCCAACGAUUUGAAUCCUGACUCCUACUCGGCCCUCGUUAUAAACUGUGGACAGAACAAGGUCAUGAGAAAUGUGAAAUGCUACAACAUGGAUGCCGUCGAUUUCAUCAAAGUAGAGCUGCGCAAAGACCUGCUAGCCAGACUGGCCGAUACGAAGUUUCAAGGAAACAUCCACAUUACAAUGAAUCUUCCGGCGAUGGCCGUUGAGCAUUUGGUACAUUUUCCGGGUCUGCUGAGUGGCGAAAGUAUCGCGCUGCGAAUCAAACCACUGGUACACGUGUACUGUUUCGCCCAGGGAGCCGACGAUAAGAAACCGAUCGCCCAGCAGAAGGUCGAGCAGUGGCUCGGAGUGGCAGUGACGGAUUUGCUGAAGGAAAUCACGUUCGUACGCAACGUGGCCCCCAACAAGGACAUGAUGCGUGUUAGUUUUUAUCUUACGGAAGAGCUACUAAAGGGCACUUCGAAGCCAGCGGAAGAAGGAAAACGACGAAAUAGUGACACCGCUUUGGACACUAACGAGACGAAAAGACAAUGUACGGAAUCAAUCAGCAGUAGGAAUGGCGAAAAAGGCGAACAAGCUGAAGGAUCAGCCUAAACAGUUGGCCAAAAAGGCGAAAAACGUGUUUGCGGUGUCACAGACCAAAAAGGGUAAUCUAAAGAAAACGAAGGAAGUGGCCGCCAAGCUGAAAAUGAUUAACGUCCAAGACAAACGAGAAAAGGUAGAUGCCAACUUUAAAACCCUGCACGCGCAAAUUGUCGCCAAGAAGACACCGAAACCCGCACCCAGACCGCUACCCGCGAAGAAUAAAACCACACCAGACACCAACAAAAUG